GCGUUGCCUUCACGCUGCGGGAUUGCUGCUGCUCAAGCUUCUGGGUUUCGAUUUGGAGAUUUGGCUGUUUGACAUCGUUAAUCUAAUCCUAGGUGAUGGGGAAGGACGCAAAGGCAAAAGACUCAGGAGGUAAGGGAAAGGGAAAGCAAACAGGGGGCGGAGGUGAUGAGAACUCUUCAAAGGGAAAGGGGAAAGGUGGGAAGGCUGCAGAUGGGCUUGGUACCUGCACAUAUGUCAAAGCUAGGCAUAUCUUAUGUGAGAAGCAAGGGAAGAUCAAUGAAGCAUACAAGAAGCUACAAGAUGGUUGGCUGAGCAAUGGAGACAAGGUCGCACCUGCUGAGUUUGCAAAGUUAGCUGCUGAAUAUUCAGAGUGCCCGUCGGGGAAGAAGGGUGGUGACCUUGGAUGGUUUCCUCGAGGAAAGAUGGCAGGUCCAUUCCAAGAUGUUGCUUUCAGCACAGCUGUUGGAGCUACCAGUGCACCAUUUAAAUCAACGCAUGGGUACCACAUAAUCUUAAGUGAAGGAAGGAAGAACUGAUGGAAUCCACUAUAGUUCCAAAGAAUAAUUCUCAAUGUCGCCAUGUAAAUGAGAUUUUCAUCCCCGUAAUUAAUAUGCCUGACAUUGCACUUCUUAUGGUUGGCAUAAUAUUAAAAGGAAAAGUUUGUAUCUGAGA